AUGAAGUCUUUCUCCAAUGUUGCUUUGGCCUUGCUGGCGGCGACCAGCAUGGUGGCCGCUGCCGAUGUCUCGACCUCGGAUUGCGCCCAAAUGUGUGUUUCAAACAUGAACGCCAAGGCCUCGGAGUUAGGCUGUGCUUCGGGUGACAUGGCUUGCCUGUGCAAGAGCAAUGACUAUGAAUACGGGAUCCGCGACUGUACCUCCCAGGCCUGCCCGAGCGAUGAUGCUGCCCAGGUUGUCAAGAUGGCUCUCGAGAAGUGUCCCACGAGAGCACCGGCACCAACUCCAACGGCAGCGGCAGCGGCUCUGGCAUUUACCGGCGCUGCUCACCCGAUGGCCACUGUUGGCAGCGGUGCUGUCGGCGCCCUCGGACUAGCUGCCCUUCUCGUUCUCUCAUUCGCUCCCCACCGUGGCCGGGAACCCGGUUUCUCCGCGUCCCGAGCCGAGGCUCAGUUGCAGUUGUCCGGGGAAUUCCCAAGCCCAAGGAGCCGCCCGUUCGGCGUCGCCCACCAUGUCAACCUCCACCUCCCCCCGCAAGAGCUCAAGGAUGAGAUCAAGGUCAUUGAGACUAAGGCUGUGAACCAGACCAUUCAGCAAAUCCGUUCCCUGGCGGCCGGCGCGGCCGGUGGCCUCUGUGCCGUCGUCGUGGGCCACCCUUUCGACCUGGUCAAGGUCCGCCUCCAGACUGCAGAGAAGGGUGUCUAUGCGGGUGCAAUGGAUGUUGUGCGAAAGACGGUUGCCCGAGAGGGACUGGCUCGAGGACUUUAUGCUGGUGUCUCUGCCCCGCUUGUGGGUGUGACUCCCAUGUUUGCGGUCAGCUUCUGGGGUGGACGAACUAACGCGCACAACCAGGGUUAUGAUGUGGGCAAGACCCUUGUCGAGAAGGCAUCCACUGUGGAGGUGGUGAACAAUACCAAGCAGUACUCCAUUGCUCAGAUUUCCGCCGCGGGCUUCUUCUCAGCUAUCCCCAUGACCCUAAUCACCGCUCCUUUCGAACGUGUCAAGGUGCUGCUUCAGAUCCAGGGCCAGAACCCGCCUCCGCCGGGCCAGAAGCCGAAGUAUUCGGGUGGUGUGGACGUGGUUCGCCAGCUGUACAAGGAGGGUGGGAUCCGUAGUGUGUUCCGCGGCAGUGCCAUGACCCUGGCCCGUGAUGGCCCCGGGUCGGCCGCGUACUUCGCUGCCUACGAGUACAUCAAGCGUUCGCUGACCCCGAAGGAUGAGAAUGGCAACGUCACAGGCGAGUUGUCUCUGACCGCUGUCGUGGCGGCCGGUGGCGCUGCUGGUAUUGCCAUGUGGAUUCCCGUCUUCCCCGUCGACACUAUCAAAUCCCGUCUGCAGAGUGCUCCCGGCAAGCCCACCAUUGGCGGUACUAUCCGUGCAGUGUAUGGCAGCGGUGGCUUCAAGGCCUUCUUCCCCGGCUUCGGGCCGGCGCUGGCGCGUGCCGUGCCGGCCAACGCGGCGACCUUCCUGGGUGUUGAGUUGGCCCACAAGUUCAUGAAGAAGUUCUUUGAUGAGUAA